CCCUCCCUUCCGAGAAGGGGCCCCACCGCGCCCGUCAUUGCUGGAUCUUGACGAGUUCCUCCUUUGCAAGCAGGAGUUUGUCUAGUUCUUGAGCUAACCUUGUCGAUACUGCCCACUGCCGGCGUAAUCCUACCCACAACGCGGCGCGGUACGGAAGGCACAUAGAGCGCGGAGGCAAAGAAAGGAACACAACGCCGGCCAGGAGACAGGACGACAGAGGAGAACCCGUCAUCAUGUCUGGUCGUCAGCCACAAUAUGAAGAGCUUUCUCGUCUCCUGCAGCAGCUGGGAGACACGUGGGUCGCUGAAUGGUCUGCCGCGGAAGGGCGAAAACGUUAUGGCGCGAACUGGUAUCACGUUUUCGCAAGCGGGAGUUGAUGCGCGCCGCUUGAAGGCUCUCGAGGACAAGGACAACCCUGCCUUGAAGCGAAUAUGCGUCGCUCACGUCAACAAGCUGAAACAGGCGGCUGCGGUGAAGCGCAAGCUUGCCGCAAAGCAAAAAUCGGCAGAGGAAGAAGCGAAGAAGCAAGCGCGGAUGCUGGAAAACGAAGAGGAGCGGAUGUGUAGCAUUCGGCGGUGCCGUGACCGGACUUCUGGCAGGCGGAAAUGCACAGAGAGUGAGCUGUACCCAGCUCGUGCAUGUGGUGACAAAGAAGUCUCGGGCUUGUCCAAAAUAUUGUGACGUGUCCGCCCAUCCUGCUGUUU